CGGGCUGGAUUCUUGCUCUGGCCAGCAUUGAGACCGCGGGGUUGUGGCCCUGGGGGAGCUAACCGGACCCUCGUGGGGGUGGCUUUGUGGCCACACGCGUGUCCUUCGUGGGGAGGUGUCAGCCUGCCCGAGCAUCCAGCGCCGUGCCCGCCUCCCCGGGGAUGCUGAGGGACAGCUCCGCUCGCUCUGCCGCCGCAUCCCGGCCGCUCUGACGGGGCUCCAGCAGCGCCCACCCCUCGGCAGAUCCCCCCAGGAGGAGCCAGCCCCCCUUUUGUCUCAGCUUUUCCCCCGGCAGCCACAUCCCGGCGGGAUGUGAGCGCUGCAGGCAGAGCCGUGCCCGCCUCCCUGGGCAGCGAGUCGGGGAUCUACGGCAUCGGAGCAUCCCCAGGAGCGAGACAGAGCCUCUGCCGCCCGCCCAGCCCGGUGUGCUCGCAGAGUUAUGUCAUGCCCAGACCACCGCAGGGCUCCAUGAGGAUUUAUGGAAGAUGCUCCGUGUCUUGGCGCCUCUGGUGCUCCUUCUGCUGUGGCUGAUGAGGAUCUGGGCCAGCCCCCAUUCCCUGAGGAUUGCUGCCAUCCUGGAUGACCCCAUGGAGUGCAGCAGAGGGGAGAGGCUCUCCAUCACCCUGGCCAAGAACCGCAUCAACCGCGCGCCCGAGCGGGCGGGCAAGGCCAGGGUGGAGGUGGACAUCUUCGAGCUGCUGAGGGACAGCGAGUACGAGACAGCUGAGACCAUGUGCCAGAUCCUCCCCAAAGGCGUGGUGGGAGUCCUGGGACCUUCCUCCAGCCCAGCCUCCAGCUCCAUCAUCAGCAACAUCUGCGGGGAGAAAGAGGUUCCUCACUUCAAAGUGGCUCCAGAGGAGUUCCUGAAGCUGCAGCUCCAGAGGUUCACCACCCUCAACCUGCACCCCAGCAACACCGACAUCAGCGUGGCCGUGGCAGGAAUCCUGAAUUUCUUCAACUGCACCACUGCCUGCCUCAUCUGUGCCAAAGCUGAAUGCCUUUUGAACCUGGAGAAGCUGCUGCGGCAGUUCCUCAUCUCCAAGGACACGCUGUCGGUGCGGAUGCUGGACGACAGCCGGGACCCCACGCCGCUCCUGAAGGAGAUCCGGGAUGACAAGACAGCCACCAUCAUCGUCCACGCCAACGCCUCCAUGUCCCACACCAUCCUGCAGAAGGCAGCUGAACUGGGCAUGGCAUCUGCCUAUUACACCUAUAUCUUCACUAAUCUGGAGUUUUCCCUCCAGCGCCUGGACACCCUGCUGGACGACAGAGUCAACAUCCUGGGCUUCUCCAUUUUCAACCAGUCCCACGCCUUCUUCCAAGAGUUUGUGCAGAGCCUCAACCAGUCCUGGCAGGAGAAUUGUGACCACGCUCCUUUCACUGGGCCUGCACUGUCCUCGGCGCUGCUGUUCGACGCCGUGUACGCGGUGGUGACGGCGGUGCAGGAGCUGAACCGCAGCCAGGAGAUCGGCGUCAAGCCCCUGUCCUGCGGCUCUGCGCAGAUCUGGCAGCACGGCACCAGCCUCAUGAACUACCUGAGAAUGGUAGAAUUGGAAGGUCUCACCGGCCACAUCGAAUUCAACAGCAAAGGCCAACGCUCCAACUACGCCCUGAAAAUCCUGCAGCACACCCGGGGUGGCUUCAGGCAGAUUGGCCACUGGCACGUCUCUGAAGGGCUCAGCAUGGACAACAGGAUCUUCUCCUCCAACAUUUCCGACAGCCUCUUCAACACCACCCUGAUUGUCACCACCAUCCUGGAAAACCCUUACUUAAUGCUGAAGUGGAACCACCAGGAGCUGGAAGGCAACGACCGCUACGAGGGUUUCUGCGUGGACAUGCUGAAGGAGCUGGCCGAGAUCCUGCGCUUCAACUACAAAAUCCACCUGGUGGGCGACGGCGUCUACGGCGUCCCCGAGGCCAACGGCACCUGGACGGGGAUGGUUGGGGAGCUCAUAGCCAGGGUGAGAUGGGUUGGGUUUUUCCUGCGCUUCAACCACAAAAUCUGCCUGGUGGGCGACGGCGUCUACGGCGUCCCCAAGGCCAAUGGAACCUGGACAGGGAUGGUUGGGGAGCUCAUAGCCAGAUGGGUUGGGUUUUUCCUGCACUUCAACUACAAAAUCCACCUGGUGGGCAACGGCGUCUACGGCAUCCCCGAGGCCAAUGGAAUCUGGACAGGGAUGGUUGGGGAGCUCAUAGCCAGGGGCCGCAGACCCGGCUACUUCUCCUUCCUGGACCCUUUUUCUCCGGGCGUCUGGCUCUUCAUGCUGCUCGCCUACCUGGCCGUCAGCUGCGUCCUCUUCCUGGUGGCUCGGCUGACACCGUACGAGUGGUACAGCCCCCACCCCUGCUCCCAAGGUCGCUGCAACCUCCUGGUGAACCAGUACUCGCUGGGGAACUCGCUGUGGUUCCCCGUGGGGGGGUUCAUGCAGCAGGGCUCCACCAUCGCCCCCCAGGCUCUGUCCACGCGCUGCGUCAGCGGCGUCUGGUGGGCAUUCACCUUGAUCAUCAUCUCCUCCUACACGGCCAACCUGGCGGCGUUCCUGACCGUGCAGAGGAUGGACGUGCCCAUCGAGUCCGUGGAUGACCUCGCUGACCAGACCACCAUCGAGUACGGCACCAUCCACGGCGGCUCCAGCAUGACCUUCUUCCAAAACUCCCGCUACCAGACGUACCAGCGGAUGUGGAAUUACAUGUACUCCAAGCAGCCCAGCGUCUUCGUGAAGAGCACGGAGGAAGGGAUCGCGCGCGUGCUGAACUCCAACUACGCCUUCCUGCUGGAGUCCACCAUGAACGAGUAUUAUCGGCAGCGCAAUUGCAACCUCACGCAGGUCGGGGGCCUUCUGGACACCAAGGGCUACGGGAUUGGCAUGCCCGUCGGCUCCGUGUUCCGUGACGAAUUCGACCUGGCCAUCCUCCAGCUGCAGGAGAACAACCGCCUGGAGAUCCUGAAGCGCAAGUGGUGGGAAGGAGGGAAGUGCCCCAAAGAGGAGGACCACAGAGCCAAAGGCUUGGGGAUGGAGAACAUUGGUGGAAUCUUCGUGGUGCUCAUCUGCGGCUUAAUCGUAGCAAUUUUUAUGGCAAUGCUGGAAUUUUUGUGGAGCCUUCGACACUCUGAACAGUCGGAGGUGUCGGUGUGCCAAGAGAUGGUGACGGAGCUGCGCAACAUCAUCCUGUGCAAGGACAGUUUCCACCCCCGUCGGAGGCGAGGGGCGGUGGUUCGGACUCGCCCCGCGGCGCCCGAGGAGCGCCGAGCCCGCAGCACCACCACGCUCAGCAACGGCAAGCUGUGCAGCGGGGGCGAGCCAGACCCCCUGGCACAAAGACUGGCACAGGAGGCUGCCCUGGUGGCCCGGGGCUGCACCCACAUCCGCGUGUGCCCCGAGUGCCGCCGCUUCCAGGGGCUGCGGGCGCGGCCGGCCGCGGGGUCGCCGGCGCGCAGCGAGGAGAGCCUGGAGUGGGACAAGGCCACCAACAGCAGCGGGCCCGAGUAGCGCCAGGCCGAGGGGGCGUCGGGGUGGGGACGAGAGGGUCCUGUUCCAUUUUACAGAACACGGACUUGUACAAUGUCAACUCGUUUUUAAAUCAAUAGCAGUUACCCGGCUUCUCCAGAGCGAGGUGGAUCGUGGCGUGGGCACCGAGGCCUGGAUGCGGUUUUGGUGUCCACCGCGGCCUGGCGGGGCAGGGGGGAGGUCCUCAGGCUGGUGGGUGUCCAGAGGUUGUCUCUGGGAUGGAGGGAUGUGGUGGGUGGCUGGUGUAGCAGGAAUUGCCCACCCAGGGCUCAAGGAGGGGUUCCUGGAACUCCUCACCCCUCCAAGGGCAGAGAAAGGACGGUGGCGCUGCCUCUCCAUCACUUACUGGGGGAUGUUCUCCAAGGGAAAGGGGGGACUUUUUAUUUGCUGUGGCUGUGGGAAGGGAGGAGUCAAUAUUUUGGGCUUUUUUUGUUUAAUUUGGGUAUGUCAGGACCCAGUCUCCAAGGCACCAGGUGCUGAAUUCUUCUUCCUUUUCCGAGGGUGGCAGGUGGGUUGAAGGGGGAAGGGGAGGAUGGGAUGGGACAUGCUCCCUGUGAGAAGCAGCCUUUGCUGGAAGUCCAUCUGAGGAGUUGUUGAAAUUACAUAUAUAGAGAAAUAUAUCUAUACAUAGAUAUAUAUAAAUAUAUAUAUUAAAAUGCCAAAAAACAGCCAACAAACACAAUGAACUCAAAGAGGCCUUGAAACGCCUGGAAUUUCAGGGGUUCUGUGUCUUUUGUUUCAUUCUGGGGUUACUUUUUGCUUUUUUUUCCUUUUUCUUUCUAUUCUUGGGAUGGGGUGGGGAGGAGCCUUUUGAGGGAGGUGAGUGGGGAGCACUGGGGGGGCUGCCCAUCCCCACCAGCCAAGGGAGGAGGUGUUGGGACCCCCAAAGUGUCCCUGGCUGUGCUCUGCACGCUCCUGAAGUGACUCUGAGCUCUGCCCCAGGCUCAGGAGUUCCCAAAUCCGUGACCCCAUGGAGCACCCUUCAGCUUCCAGGGUGAAUUCCAGCCACACAGCAUUUGAGAAAAUCAUUAGCCCGGGAUCUCGUGUAAGGAAAAUAGUGACUUCCCUAGAAACAGCAGCAGCUCACCCUCUGCUUGGUACAGAUGUGGGGUUUACACUGGCAAAUUUAAUUUUCUGAUUGAAAAAACAAAUUCUAUGCAAUUUCUGGUCGUAAAAGGAAAGAGAUGACAAUGGAGAGGGGCAGGGGAGAUAAAGCCUUGAGUGAAGGUACAUCCUGUUCUUGAAUUGUUUUCUUUUCUUUUUGUCUUGAAUGUACUUAAAUAA